AUAAAAGAUCUAUCAGGGUCCUGUGUCUUGAACAUAAACAGUGAUACUCCUUGCAGUGCUGUUGACAAGGGUGCUACUGUCCUCACUGAGCGAUGGCGUUCAGCUCUAACUCUGCCCUUCAAAGGAAGUGUCACUGUGAAAAGGAUAAGAUGAAUCAAGGCAGCAUCCUUUACCACAUCUUAAAUCACAAAAGAAAUCCACGUCUACCCACCUGCAGCUGCAAGCACGAAUCCAAAGAGAAGGCAGCACUGGGAUCACCGUACGUUGCCUGCAAGGCUGCCUCUGAAGUUCUGCUGAAGACUGUGAACUUUAUUAAAAACCUGCCCUCUUUUUGGGGGCUGCUGCAGCCAGACCAGCUGCUGCUGCUGGAGAACUGCUGGGCUGCCCUUUUCCUGCUGGGCUUGGCUCAGGAAGGUGUGGAUUUUGAAGUGAUUGAACCAUCAAAGACGAGCAUACUGAAAGAAAUUCUAACGAACCAGAAAGGAAAAGGCACUGAUGAGAAAACAAGCUCUGAGCCGUCUGCUGCGGAAGUGCAGAAAGUGAAAUCAUUCCUAACUAAGUGCUGGAGCAUAGAUAUCAGCACUAAGGAGUAUGUGUACUUAAAGGGAAUCGUUCUAUUCAGUCCAGAUAUAUCAGGGCUACAUGCUCCCCAGUACACCUUGUAUCUGCAGCAGGAAGCUCAGCGAGCCCUCACUGAAUACAUCCACUCUGCCCACCCUCGGGACACAAGCCGUUUCAGCCAGAUACUACUUGCACUGAUGUCCUUGAAGAGCAUCAACGCACCGGUCAUCACACAACUCUUUUUUCGACCACUCAUCGGGAACGUGCAAAUGAAUGCCUUGCUGAUGGAAAUGUUGUAUACGAGUUAGCCACACAUUGCUGUGCAUACCACAACGUGUAAACCAUAAACAAGACAGUUGAGCUUUUCUUUCUAUUUGACAUGCUAACUUAUUUGUUACAAAUGUGUUUUCUAAAUGUUUAAGUGUUUAUGAUUAUGCCUGAAUUAUAUCCCUAACCUGCAUUAUC